GAUAUUGGUGUGAUGCACCGAUAUAGGCUCUGUCCUACCAGCAGUGCUCGCAACUCCAUUCACAUGACUCCACAGGACCACCGCAAGACGUCUUCUCCGGUGAGCGCGACACCACCCAUAUCCUCGCGUCAUCCUAUUGCACCAAGUCCUGGUCGACCCGUUUCCCACCGCCGACGCAACUCGCAGCCCACGCACUCUGCCCCACCCGUUGCCUGCCCGGCCUCACUGCAGCAGCAGUCGUUAAACCGAUGCACAGUAGACAAUUCGCUCUCAGUGACAGCAAACCAGCGGGUUACGGAAUGGCUCCGCUCGGCAGGAUCACUGCCCGAGGAGACAGAGGAUGAGACUUUUUCUUCGUCGGUCUCUACACAAACGCCUCAAGCACGUUGGAACACGACUCGUGGUGUCCCAACCACAACUUUCCAGCCCUACCCACCCUCUACAACUCGCCGUACCUUCUCUAUCCAGCAAGUGUCUCCCUCCAUCAACACCCCCUAUGAUCGUCGUAUGGUUCCCAUGGUUCCACCCCCUCCACCUCCUCCUCCACUGCACGGCCGUAUGUCUGUGGAUACCAAUGCCACCAUUGUUACACCACAGGAAAGUGCCUUUGCAAACCUCCUCUAUGACAUGUCAUGUAAUGUUGUGACUCCACAACACUCACAACAAAAUCCAUCCACGAUGGCUGUGAACAAUGAGAUGGCUGCAUUGGCGCUCACGCCACGUGCGAUGCCUCGAACGAAUCCGCACGCGGUGGUAACAGCCGGCACGAUGCCACGUCUGUCCUCUGGUAAACCGCACUUGUCGUCUCUGCAGUCGCCACUGCCUGUAGGAGUGGUGGAAGCAACUGUGGGGACACCAUCGACGAUGCGGAACGGAACUGACGCCGCAGUAGUAGCCGGGGUACUCUCCUCAUCGCCCGACACGGAAAUUACCACAAAUUCGGCGUCAGCCUCUGCUUCUGCAUCUUAUUCAGGCGAUAGUGAGCCGGAGGAAAAGGAGCCUCACCUUCCAGCCAAUGAGGUGUCAAUAUAUUCGAAAGAGGAUAUAUUCGAACAACACCCAUUCAGACCAGCGGCAGUCCUUCCUGUGGACGAGUACACCUUUACCAUGCCUAGAGAGCAACAACAACAAUUCCAUCCACAGGUCAUAUUUCACAACCAGCAGUGCCAAGCGGAAUCGCACAACAACUGGGGCCUCCUUUCUCACCAGCAUCAACAGCAGGCUCAUUCAGUGGUAGUUGUGGAUGAUGCGGACCAAGCUCCACCAACACCGCCACCUCGUCUUGCCUCGGCCAUGAAUACCAUACAAUUCAGUAGGGUUCCCAGAACGACGUCUGCGGCAGCGACCACAACGCUCUCUGUGGAUAAUGCAAUCUGGCAGGGCAUUGGCAAAGGAGAUGCGUGGAAUGGUCCCAUUUCUGGCGGACGUUAG